UUUGGGAAAAGCUGCAAGCUCUCGGACCCCAGGUAUCUGAGACCCUUUGAGGGUCGCGAGAGCGGCCCCUUGGUGGUUUCGGCUCCCACUACCAUGGCUCCUGUGUCGGGCUCGCGUAGCCCUGAUCGGGAGGCUUCCGGAGGAAAACGUCGCAGUUCAUCGAGGAGCCCUAAACCCAGCAAAUAUUCCCGCUCCCCACGAGGUCGCCGGUCUCGUUCGCGCUCUUGUUCUCGGCUUGCUGACCGGAAUGGCCUCAGCCAUUCGCUGAGUGGCUUCAGCCAAAGCUCUCGAAACCAAUCGUACCGCUCCCGCUCUCGAUCGCGUUCUCGAGAGCGACCCUCUGCACAGCGGAGUGCCCCUUUCGCUUCAGCAUCCUCGUCCGCCUAUUAUGGCGGCUACUCGCGUCCCUAUGGGGGCGACAAACCAUGGCCCAGCCUCCUGGACAAGGAGAGGGAGGAGAGUCUCCGGCAGAAGAGAUUAAGUGAAAGAGAGAGGAUUGGAGAAUUGGGAGCUCCUGAGGUUUGGGGACUUUCUCCAAAGAAUCCUGAACCAGACUCUGAUGAACACACACCAGUAGAGGAUGAAGAACCAAAGAAAAGCACUACUUCAGCGUCUAGUUCAGAAGAUGAAAAGAAGAAGAAAAGGAAAUCUAGUCAUUCAAAAGAAAGAUCCAAGAAAAAGAGAAAGAAAAAGUCAUCGAAAAGAAAGCAUAAGAAGUAUUCUGAGGAUAGCGACAGUGACUCUGAGUCGGAAACAGACUCCAGUGAUGAAGAUACAAAAAGAAGAGCAAAGAAAUCUAAGAAAAAAGAAAAGAAGAAGAAACGGAGAGUGAAGAAAUACAAGAAAAAGAAGUCUAAGAAGAACAGGAAGGAUUCCAGUGAGUCAAGCUCUAAAGAGUCCCUAGACGAGUUUCUAGAGAACCCAUGGAAGGAUCGAUCAAAGGCAGAGGAACCGUCGGAUCUCAUCGGCCCAGAGGCUCCUAAAACACUUGCCUCCCAAGACGAUAAGCCUUUGAACUAUGGACACGCUCUGUUACCUGGUGAAGGUGCAGCUAUGGCUGAGUAUGUAAAAGCUGGAAAGCGUAUCCCACGAAGAGGUGAAAUCGGCUUGACAAGUGAAGAGAUCGCAUCGUUUGAAUGUUCGGGUUACGUUAUGAGCGGUAGCAGGCAUCGGCGAAUGGAGGCUGUGCGACUGCGGAAGGAGAACCAGAUCUACAGUGCUGAUGAGAAGAGAGCCCUUGCAUCCUUCAACCAAGAAGAGAGACGAAAGAGGGAGAACAAGAUCCUGGCCAGUUUUCGAGAGAUGGUAUACAGAAAAACAAAAGGGAAGGAUGACAAGUGAGAGCUUUCUGACUUUACAAGCAGGCGUUUCAACAUCAAAAAGGAAACUGUGGGUUCUAGACACAUACACAAAAAGGUUAUUGUUUUGUUUGUGUUUUGGGUUAUUUUUUGAUGUGCGGUUUCCAGUAGCCCAGGUUGGCUCAAGCUUUGUAGCCAAGGAUGACUCUGAACUCUUGGUCUCCUGCCUCCACCUUCCAUGUGUGGAGAUUCCAGAUGUGUGCCAUCAUGCCAAGCCAAGAGGCUAUUGUGCUCUGAAAGUAAGGCUCCUCAAUGCUUCUGUGCCUUCGUUUUCAUUCUUCAGCCCCUCAAUAAAAGAUGCUUGAUGGUAUCACUAGUAAGUUAUUUGCGGGCUUUUUUAGAUGGACCCUAACUUUCUGGUUCAAAAGUCUAAAUUCUGAAUGAAAUCCUGCUAUGGUAGGCAGGUGGCACAGAGAGUAAGUGGCAGCAGAGUAAGAAAUGUAGCUCUCACAUCUUGGUUUGGUGUGAGUAU